GUUGCAUCUCUACCAAUUCAUUCCACCAUUAGUGUGAAUCUAUGUCCAACAUGGACACACCUCAGUACCAUGUCGAACAGGAUGAUGACGUUCAAGGUCAAGGCGACCAACUCCCAACCUACGACGACCUCGCAGCUCAGCAUGGUCCCAAUUCUAGGUUCGGUCGGUGGAGAGGAUGGGUCGAGAAACGAGCUGCUGAGCGUUACAUGGAUAUCACCCCGGAGGAACGCGCAAGAAGACGUGAACGCGGCUGGGGAAACGACGAAAUGGACGAUGCAUCCCAGUCAAGCAGUCUUCUAAGCGUCCCUCCCAUCAUUCAAGAGCCCUCAACUCCAACGGCAAAUACUUAUCUUCAUAUCCUAACUGAGGACCUAAAUGAAUGUAUGCCACCUCCAGAGAUGCCACGGUUGAAUUCUCCAUUACCACCCUUACCCGCUAUCAGCACAAGACUGCGCCCAACACAUUUAAAGAUAAAUAAUUUCGGGUCGCGGUUCCUUCCCCAUGCAACUGCUCCUAUCCGUUGCCUACUUCCCCUUCUCUCCGGAAAGCUCUUGCUCGUCGGUCACGAUGAAGGUCUUUCCGUUCUGGAUAUGUACCCCCAAGAGUGGUCGGAGCAAGACACGGGGAUUACGAUCAAAGGCCCAGAGGAGGCUGUAUCGCGGCCUAUAUGGCUUGGUGAAGGCGUCUACCAAUUGUCUCUACUCGAGGUAGAGCAGACAGGAGGAACACCUCAAGGCGUAGUCCUUGCCCUCGUUGGUCCAGAUCCUAAUACGCCAACAUCGAAAGAUGCAGAGUCGCUCAGAACACUUCGUAUGUACAAUCUGUCUAGCUUAACCAGCCUCGCGAAAUGGGCCGUAGCCCAGAAGGGAAAGCGACCGCUGGACUUAUCGAGACCGUCAAAUUGGAUUGCACAGCAGUCACCAGUGAAAAAGCAUCGUUCCCGGAGUAGUAUAGCACGUGGGCUAAAAUCAUGGAUCGACGCUCCCAAUAAUCACCCUGUUGAACCGCCUACGUCUUCAUACCAUAAUCUGUUGUCUCCUGCUACGAUUAUCAGCUCCUUGAAUAAUGUUGCAAGUCGAGCAAGUAGUCGCUCAUCAUCACCUAAUCAGCAAAGUUCAGAUGAACCAUCGUGGGACCUUGUCGACGACCUGCCACUCCGAUGGGCAACCGAUUUUGUUCCCCUGGCAUCUCCAGGCUCCCGUUUAGCGAACCUGAGUGUCAUUUCUUAUGCGCUAUGGAAUCACAGCGAACGAAAUUCUGGUGGCCGAAUGCUGGCAGUAGCCACCAAGACAAACAUACUGUUGUACGAGACGCCCAAAAGGGAGCGUGCUUUCCGUUUUGUCAAGGACUUCUACACUCCUUUGACACCGAGAAGCAUCACCUUUUUUCAGCAAGUAGUGCAUGAUGUAGCGCGGAGUCCCUCCGACACAGGAUCGUCUUCGCGGUUUCACCAUGGACGCAGGAGGUCAGAUAGCAGUAGUACUGCACGAGGAGACCGCGCACUUACACCUCCUAGCGCAUUCCUGAGCUAUGGUACCCAUCUCAGCAUCUUUGUCGUUUUUGACAAGAAGGCUGGCUGGAUCCGCUUGGCUGAUUCUGCUGUUGGGGAGGUGGAGCUCUAUGACGACGGCGCGGGAUCCCGUCAUUCGCGUGAGCUCAACAGCUCAAUCAACUCACGCAGGUCUCGUCAUUCCCUGGACGUCAGUUCAGCAUUGAGUAAAUGGAUAUCCCCAGUCCACUGCGAAGUACCCCUCCCUUCUUCGUCGGCGUAUCCUUUGACCAAGAAGAUCCUUCUCUUGACUCGUGGUAAACAGACCCACAUUCUACCUUGCCCGGUACCUACAGGUGCCUCAACCUCAUGUCCCCCGUUACGCGUAAUCAUCUGGAAGUCGCCGCCGACGAGUGUGACGCCGAGGAUAUGUUCGAACAUUGAUCCUCCAUCAAAAUUCCUUCAACUGAUCGCUCUCGGUGAAGAUGGGGUAGAGGUGCAGGAGAUGUCCGUGAGCUUCCUAAGCAAAGGCAAAGGAAAGGCUCCGGUUGAUGACAUCAUCUAUGGCCAGGAUGAUAUCGGAGGUGACACGGGCUUUCUCUGUGUCGGCGGGCACUGGGACCAACCAUUGUAUCCGCCAUAUCAACCACUCAACCGAUCCGCCAGUAACGCGAGUGAUAUCUCAGCGGAGUCUGUUAACAGUAUAGAAUCGGAAGAACUCCUGGCGAAGAUGAAAAUGGAACAAGGGCUUUAUGGUUGGUGUCGCAAGGGUCUGGAGGAUUGGCGAGUCUUCUGGUUGGGCGGUUCUAUCGCAGAUGACGAUGAUUCUGAUACAGACGAUUAAAAAUGAGUAUUAUCUCACAUCGAUCGCGAAAAGUAAAACGGCACUGUUGUGUAUCUAAUAACCAUCUCAUGCAUAUCAUCAUGGAAAAGUCAUUCAUUAUAGGUUGAAAUGUAAAGGUAGCCUAUGAACUGUUGUAAUUGAUGUCGA